AUGGCCAAAGCCCCGCGUUUCGCUGUGUUCUCGCUCGUUGCAGCCUUCGCUCUGCUGCGGUGGUCGGCACCUUCCUUCGCCGGGGCCCGAGGGCCAAAGGUCUCCUUCCAGAGUGCUCUGCAGCAGAAACUGAAGGUCUUCGGUAGGCAGAAUUCCUGCACUGCACGUGCUGCUGUGGGAAUCUUCUAUGCAACGCAAACGGGCAACACCGAAACGGUUGCUUCCAAGUUGGCGGAAGCUACAGGUUUGGAAGCGUCGGAUUAUGAUGGAGAGGACUUCUCUGAUCUGGAUGGAGUGAUCGCGGGUUGCCCUACGUGGAACACAGGAGCAGAUGAGUACCGCUCCGGAACCACCUGGGAUGAUUAUCUUGACACGAUCAAGGAGUACGACCUCAAAGGGAAGGUUGUGGCUGUUUUUGGCUGCGGUGACUCUCAGAGCUAUGCAGACAACUUCUGUGAUGGCCUUGAGGAGCUUCACAACGCUUUCCAAGCUGCAGGUGCCAAGAUGGUCGGCUACGUGGAUGAAACUGGCUACUCUUACGGAGAGUCCAAGAGCGUGAAAGAUGGCAAGUUUUUGGGACUCCCUCUUGAUGAAGACAACGAAGAUGACCAGACCGAUGACCGCAUUGCAGCUUGGGUGGAGCAGCUGAAGGGCGAGGGCAUGCCUCUGUAA